UGUUCCAGAACACCCAUCCCAUGGUACCACGCGUUUCAUCGAGCGGCCGUGGUUGUUCUGUAGGUCGUGGCCGUGCAGCUGUUGCGGCCGCGGCGUUUAAAGUUUGAACUGGAACGCGCCUUCCGUGUAAACCAUUUUAACACGUUUUGCCUUUGGUUUAACGAAUACAGUAAUACAGGCCUCCGCAUGGAUUUGUCUAUGGAAGUUGCCAUUAAGGCUGUCACGUACGGUUGGUCCCCUGAGGAUUUCGACAAUUCUGGUAUUGAAACAGAGUUUGAGGACCUAAAGACGUCAGCACCUCACCUUCUCACAUCCGACACUUACAUGAAGUUGAUGGAGGCUGAAGUUAUUGCCACGACUGCGAGAGAACGAUGUGAGCAAGCUGCUCUAUUGAAGGAUGUGUGGAAGGAUAUCCGACAUUCUUGCCACAGAAAAAAUGAUCCGCUACUACUGAUUGACAAAAGUUAUCAUCAACAAGUUAAGAGGCUGCAGGCCUCAAUUUUGCUUUCUCAAGAUCCCGUGGGAUGUAUUUUGGGUACAGAAGAUCCUGAACUAGAGCUGCUUUUCAUAGAUGAAUUACAUCAUGCAGUUUUAAGACAUGUCCAGCACCGUGAAGCGAGGUUGUUACGAUCCACAGAUGACGCCAUGGAGGAUGCAGGUUCGGAAAAUGCAAUCCAGUCUGUACGUGCAGAUGUUGAUGGCAUAAAAAUGUCAAUUUUCAACCUGAGGCUUCAGCAUGCAGAGUGCUUUCUCAAAUUUGAGAAGGUGUUCCAAGAAUUCAUUACAAGAAGUUUGUCAUUGCCCGAGCUGAAUGAAAAACAGCAUUCACUUUUCUGCAAGUUACAGAAGACUAUGAACAUGCACAAUGACAUUAUGGAGCUGCUUAUAGUGGAACUGAAUGACUUAUAUGGAGAAACGCAUAAAACAGGCAUAGGCAUGAGGAUGCUCCAGCCUCGGAUACACAACGUGUUGUUACAUAAAUUUCUUGAGACCCAAAGAAAACUGGAGCAAAGGGAGGCAUUGAGUGCCCAAUUUGAGAGGAUUUGGUCUCCAAAGGUGGAAUCAAUGAUUAAUCUGUACCGCUCGAAAUGUCAGCAACUCAAAAUGCUGGAGAGGGGAUUGAAGUAUUUGGAAUAAAAAAAAGGUCACCAAGAACACACCUCUGUUGGUAUUGCACCUGUGAGCUCCCCUUUUGAAGAGCGAAACUCAAGCCGCCUGUGCCACCUCAACGUUUUUUUUUUUCUUUUUUUUUUUUUCAGGAAUCCAAAGCUCUUACUUUUGACAAAAUAAAGAUGUUAAAAUGGAGCAUUAAAAGCAUCUAU